UAGUUGAAGGCGUGUACAUUAGGGCGUCAGUUUCGUGAUUGUUUUGUGUGAAUGUUUUAUUAUUUAAUUCGGAAUGACUUCGAUAAAUCUAAUUCGCUUGACUGCAGUGCUAGUUAUUCUAAUUUGUUGCAUCGAACAAGGUUAUUCCAUAAAAUGUUGGGUGUGCAGGUCUGAUUCUGAUCCAAAAUGUGCAGAUCCUUUUGAUAAUUCAACAGUGCCAAUCACAGAUUGUAAGCAAGAACCAGAUUUGGAACAUCUGAAGGGUGUACGACCUACCAUGUGUCGUAAAAUACGUCAAAAAGUCCACGGUGAAUGGAGAUACUUUCGCAGUUGCGCUUACAUGGGUGAGCCAGGAAUAGCAGGAGAUGAACGCUUUUGUCUAAUGAGAACUGGAACUUAUAACAUAUUUCUGGAAUAUUGUACUUGCAAUAGUAAGGAUGGGUGUAACUCAGCGCCUAAGGAUCAUGGGAGUUUACUACUGCUAUUACUUACUACGGUAAUUCCAUUAGGUUACGUACUUCAUUUCUUUUAAGAAUCGUUGCCAAAGUUAACGAAGGAGAUCUGAAUCAUUAAAUAGCUUAAUAAUAUUCUACGAGUGCCUUUGUACCAUAAACAUAAGAAAAGAAGUAAUUAGUACUUAUGGACAACGGUGAUGAAUCUUUGUAUAAAAAAAAAUUCACAAAGAGUUAGCGUAGCAUAUCUUCUCAUAACUCUUUCGUAUGCACAAUUCUUUUUUAUAAAUAUUUUAUACCAAAAAGAUAUAUUUGUUUUUACAUAUGCAGUAAUUUUUUUACUAGUAUUAAAAACUGUACUCGUAAAACUAGUUUUCCAUGUCAGUAUGGUUAGUACAAAUGACAGUUCUAACAAGCUUAGCAUUAGCCUGAUUUGAAAAUCAGAGUAAUUUUUAAUUUAGAUUGUUAAUUACAUGUAGACAGAUGUAAUUAACUGUAGUAAUAUUGGAAAGUUUGUAUGAAAGAUUUUGU